AUGUCUUUUGUCUUCCCUUCUUGGUCCACGGCGUUCUCGCCUGCCUUUCAUGAAGAUGCCAAAGCUAUGUUGGAGGGCGCUCUUAACAAGGGAAACAAACCACCUGUCAUCCAAGGAAGGAUCGAAGUGGUAGAAUUGAGUAUGGGUAAAGAGCCUCCGACACUUACUUUACUUGAAAUUGGAGAUUUAUCACUGGAUCGAUUUCGAGGAAUAUUGAGACUGGGUUAUUCUGGAGAUGCAUGGUUGGAAGUUAGAUGUCGAGUUCAAGCUAAUCCAUUAUCACAUAAUCCUAAUUUAUCAUCAUCGUCCACACUUCCAUUAUCAACGCCUUUACUUGCUUCUCAACCAUUAUUGGUACCUAUGACAUUGAGAUUAUCUAAACUUCAUUUAAGAGCGAUAUUGAUACUUGUCGUAUCUGCUUCAAAGGGAAUUACAUUGGUUUUCAAGAAUGAUCCAUUACAGAAUGUUGAUGUUUCAUCUACAUUCGAUUCGGUCGAAGUUAUAAGAGGUUAUCUUCAACAGGAAAUUGAAGGUCAACUAAGAGAAAUGUUUAGAGAAGAUUUACCUGGUAUCAUACACAGAUUAAGUCAAAGAUGGUUUCAUGGUACGGGUGUAGGAGGUAAAGUCGAAACUCCUUACAGAGAUAAUAUAUCAAAUUCAGAUCCAACAACCAAUAUGAUAAAUUCAAUUCAAGAAGAAGAAAAUCAAGAUGAUGACGAUCAAAAUCAACAUCAUCAAGAUCCAUUUAAUGGUAAUUCCGAAUCUCAACAAAUGUUCCAACCAGUCAAUAAUAAUAGUAAUAUAUCUAAUACACAAGAAAAACCUCUGACACCAAGACGUCAAGCUUUAUAUCGAACAAUGAGGAAUCGUAGACCCAGUAAUUCAAUCUCAGAAUCACCAACUAGUUAUACAACUUUUCCUGAUAUAGAAGAUUACGAUCCGACAUAUGGACUAAGACCUGAAGGUGUACCUACCCAUAGUGGAUAUGAAGCAUUUGGUAGAUUAUGGGAAAAAUCAAGAGAAGGUGGAAAUAGAGGUUUAGGUUCUUUAAUGUCCAUGCCAAUUCAACAUGAAGAUGAUGAUCAAGAUCAAGGUGAUUUUAGUGAUCCCGACGGUGAAAUUGAUGAUUAUGAUGAUGAAGAAGAUGAAAUUAGAUCUUUUGACAUGGUGGAAAUGGAUGAUGUCUUACAAUCGAUUUCGACCCCACUGAGGAAAACCAGAAGACAAUCUAUGAUCUCAUCACUUGGUUCAAGAUAUAAUGAUGAGAAAAAUGCUGAAUGGGAAACAUUCCCUGCUGUUGGAGGAGGAGUGAUCACGAGACCAAGAGUAUAUCAUUCUCAAUCGCUCAUAAGAGCUCCAUCAGAAGCUGGUGGAGGAGCGAUGCCGAGUCCUGCUGGAACUGCUACUGGUGUAAGUGUCACUGCCAGAGCUAGCUCGAUUGGUGGAGCAUCGUCAACAAUAGGAAGCUUCAGAAUGCGCCCGUUCGCACCUUCUACUCCUGGUAUAGGUCUUCGCUCGCCUGCUCUUUCCCAAGCGGGGCCAUCGAGUCUGCGUCGGAUGGUAACUUCUCGAUCCGAUGUCUUCCUCUCUUCUGCUGCGCAAGGUCUUCACUCGAUACCUCGCUCGGAGACUUUCUCAGCCUUAGCACCAAAUUCAUACAACAGGCCAGGACAGCGUUCGUCUUUGCCUGUGUCAAGGAGAAAAUCUAAUAUUGGUGGUGGAACAUCUUCAGCAGCUAGAACUUCCGGUUCUUCUUGGGAUACCGGUACUGGACCAUCAAGAUCAAAUACAUUAUCGACUAAUCCAACUUCGAUAUUACCUUCUUCUUCAAUAGCUUCGUCAUCAAAACCAAUGUCAAUAAGCUCAAAACCCAUGUUAAACAGACCAAGAGUAUCUUCCAUGUCAGGUAGUCCUGGAAACGGUAAUUCGUUCCCGCCACGUAAUAUUGGUCCGGGAGGUAUCACUUUACCGUUGAACAAUUCAGUCUCACAACUAGCGACUUUAUCACAUUCGGCACACACUUUAUCACCUUAUGCUAGAGGACAUGAACAUAUCGCUGUAAGAUCUUUCCCUUAUUUAGGUAGGACAUCAACGAAUCCAAAUGUACCUUCUAUCACUUCGAUAGGAAAUGUUCUUCCAAAUGAUGGCGUGGUAGUAAAAGCUAAAAGAAAGAGAAUACAUCAACUGAAUACUUCUAAGGUAUCAAAUAACGAUCAAGAAGAUACUACAAGGAAAUCUAAUUCACAUAAUCAACGACAAAGUGAUAUUGACGAAAUUGAUCAUCCAAUCAGAUAUCAAAAUCAAACCCAAAGUCAAAACCAAAGACCAAAUUCGUAUAUUAGUAGAGAUGGUAGUGUAAGUGAUGUAAGUAGGAAUAUCGGUUUGACAUCAUUGAAUCAAGGAAUGGCAAUGAAAAAAGGAAUAGCAAUGGGAAUGUCAACGAGUAAAAGACCAAAUAUGAAAAGGAAUCCUGAUUCUAGAACCUCAUAUGGAUUCCCGCAUUUAUAG